GGUAGAUCCAUCUGAAUGGCAAAACAACUCUCCUUCGAGCCAGUGAUCUAAGGAUUUCUAGAUUGAUACUCUUACAGUACCUCCGCUCUACCAACUGAACUGUUGAAGGAUGCCGUGUACAGUUCCUAACAGGGUGCCAAGUAGCUUAGACGAGCUUCAAACUUCCUAAAUUCGAGACUGAUUUUAAAUUUCUGCUCUUUCUAACUCCACCUGGAAUUACCAGUGUAAGCCACCACGCCUGAUUUUAAGCAGUGCUAGGUUUAAACUCAGAGCUUCAUGAAUACUAGAUGGACCCUCUACCAAAUGCCAAGUGCAUUCUUUUUUUUCUUUCUUUCUUUCUUUCUUUUUUUUUUUUUUUUUUUUUUUUGGAGCUGGGGACUGAACCCAGGGCCUUGUGCUUGCAAGGCAAGCGCUCUACCACUGAGCUAAAUCACCAACCCCCGGAGCUGGGGACCGAACCCAGGGCCUUGCGCUUUCUAGGUAAGCGCUCUACCACUGAGCUAAAUCCCCAGCCCCAAGAAGCAUUCUUUAUAAUAGAAAAAGAACUAAAAAUCCUCACAAUCUUGGCAAAUAUAUACUUAGUAGCUUAUUAAUUGUGCAGGAAAACUAAACAUAAAGUAAAUACCAUAAGGAAUUGCUGACUUUGGCACAGUGAAGCUCAAGGUCCUUGUGAGCUGCACAGUUAGACCAUCUUGAAGGUGGGCAUCCAGUGGAAUCCUGCCUCCUAGCCCCACACUCCUGAAGGUGUCUUGUGGAAAAGAUCAACCAUGGAGAGCUGGAACCAUUGUGGACUCUUUAGUUACUCACAGAUGUAACGACAAAGGAAUUUACGUUCUGGGCUCCUAUUCUGUUCCCCAUUUUGUUUCAAAUACUCUUCCAACUCAGCAUAAUUCAAACAAGGUAUUAUUAACAUUAGUCUUUUUCUUAAAAUUAACAAACAAACAUCCCACUGUCUUUUGUUUUGUUCUCCAUAUGUAGCUCUUGUAAGUCCGGACCUUGCUAUGUAUCCCAAGCUGGACUUAAACUUGCAAUGAUCUUCCUAACUCCUGAAUGUACAUGGGUUAAAAGAACUGAAGCCACAGAGGUAAGUUCGCUGGCUGAUGGCCUCAUGUCUCAUUUCAGUUAUUCAAGCCUUCUUUCUCUUUGUCCCCAAUCCCUAUAUUCAGUCCAGCUCUUUAAUGCAUAUAUUGUCCUCUUAGCUGAGAACGAUAAACCCAAACUACCCAACCACCAAUCUGUAGUCCACAUGUUUAAAAGCGGCCCCUCCCCCCACCCCAAGUAAAUACACUUGGCUAUCUGGGGGCAGGCUUCUCUAACAGCACACAGCCUUCUUCCUUCUGAAGCUCUGUCUUUGGCCCUAGGGUGACAAACAGCCCUUUUCACUUGUUCACUGUGGUUCUGGUUCCCUUUUCCUCUGGGACUGUUGAAGUCGGUAGGUGCUUCACUGUCAGCUCAGGGAGCCACAGAAUAACACAGCUCUCUUUGUCUCUUCUCAGAACUGGUCUUUCUGUUCCUCAAGCUCUUCAGCUCUGCCUCUCCCCUUUCUCUUAGACUUUGGCAAGAUUGUAUGUACUUCACUAUGUGACUCCCAGAGAUCAUGCCCCUGAGUGCUGCUGGGCUUACGGGUGUGAAGACUACCUCCCAUCUUUCUCUCUCUCUCCUCCAUUUCAUUCCAUUCUCUAUUUCUACCUCCGAGGCUUUAUUGUCAUUACCACUUCUGAAUAGGAACAGCAAAGUAUCCUACUUGACACGAGUCUAUUUCAUUGUUGUUGUUGGUGGUGGUGGUGUAAAUACUGAGAUUCCAAAAUAUCUUCACUAUCUACAGCUGUGCCUUACAGUUCUAUUCUGGAGUCAACUGAGGGCUGUAGGACGGAAUUGCCUGACUGACCAGAUUUACAGAAGAGUAGGCACUGUUGUAACAUGGACUGAAGAUAACCCUGCAGGGAAAAUAAAGAGCCCUCCAGGUUGGAAGAAACUUGUGGAGAACAGGGCGCUUGUAGCCCUGACCAUUUCUCUCCCAGCCUGAAGUUCUUGGCAAACCCCAUUGCCCCAGCAAGCUCAGAAAUGGCAGUUCCCACCAACUCUUGUCCUUUGGUCUGUCUGCUCACCUUUACAGUCCUACAGCUACCUACGUUGGAUUCAGCAGCUCCCUUCAAUGUGACUGCACCUCAGGAGUCAGUGCUGGCCGUAGUGGGUUCAGAUGCGGAGCUGACCUGUCGCUUUUCCCCAAACGCAAGCUCAGAGCAAAUGGAGCUGCUGUGGUUUCGACAGACGAGGUCGCCAGCGGUACUUCUGUACCGGGCUGGCCAGGAGCAGGAGGGCGAGCAGAUGACCGAGUACCACGGGAGGGCGACGCUGGUGACAGCCAGACUCCUAGACGGCCUCGCUACUCUGCGGAUCCGAGGUGUCAGGGUCUCCGACCAGGGGCAAUACCGGUGCUUUCUCAAAGACAACGACGACUCCGAGGAGGCCGCUGUGCAUCUCAAAGUGGCUGCUGUGGGCUCAGAUCCUUACAUCAGUAUGAAGGUUCAAGAGAAUGGAGACAUGGAGCUGGAGUGCACCUCCUCUGGAUGGUACCCAGAACCUCAGGUACAGUGGAGAACAGCCAACAGAGAGAUGCUACCACCCACAUCAGAGUCCAGGAAUCCUGAUACGGAAGGCUUGUUCACUGUGACAGCUUCUAUGAUGAUCAGAGACAACUCCAUAAAGAAUAUGUCCUGCUGCAUUCAGAAUAUCCUCCUUGGCCAGGGGAAGGAAGUAGAGAUCUCCUUACCAGCUCCCUUCUUGCCAAGGCUGACUCCUUGGAUAGUAGCCUUGGCUAUUGUCAUAUUGGCCUUAGGGUUUCUCGCAAUCGGGUCCAUAUUUUUCACUUGGAAACUAUACAAGGAAAGAUCUAGAGAGCGGAAGAAGGAAUUUGGCUCUAAAGAGAGGCUUCUGGAAGAACUCAGAUGCAAAAAGACUGCCCUUCAUGAAGUUGAUGUGACUCUGGAUCCAGACACAGCUCACCCCCACCUCUUCCUGUAUGAAGAUUCAAAGUCGGUUCGAUUGGAAGAUUCACGUCAGAUCCUGCCUGAUAGACCAGAGAGAUUUGACUCCUGGCCCUGCGUGUUGGGCCGUGAGACCUUUACUUCAGGGAGACAUUAUUGGGAGGUGGAGGUGGGAGAUAGAACUGAUUGGGCCAUUGGUGUGUGUAGGGAGAAUGUGGUGAAGAAAGGGUUUGACCCCAUGACUCCUGAUAAUGGGUUCUGGGCUGUGGAGUUGUAUGGAAAUGGGUACUGGGCCCUCACCCCACUCCGGACCCCUCUCCGGUUGGCAGGACCCCCUCGCCGAGUUGGGGUUUUUUUGGACUAUGAAUUAGGAGACAUUUCCUUCUACAAUAUGAGUGAUGGAUCUCUUAUCUAUGCUUUCCCUAGCAUCUCUUUCUCUGGUCCCCUCCGUCCCUUCUUUUGUCUGUGGUCCUGUGGUAAAAAGCCCCUAACCAUCUGUCCAACCGCCAAUGUGCCUGAGAAAAUCACAGUCAUUGCUAAUGUCCAGGACAACAUUCCCUUGUCCCCUCUGGGGGAAGGCUCUACUUCAGGAGACAAAGAUAGUCUCCAUUCUAAACUGAUACCUUUCUCACCUAGCCAAGCAGCACCUUAACAAAUAUUCCAGCUUCACAAGUUUGCCUUCCUUUGACUACUCCUUAAUGCCCUGAAGCUUUAGCUGCCAGCUUCCUUCAGUCCUGUUUCUUUCUUCCUGUUGGAUGGAGAUUAAUUCACAUUGGGAAGGUGGUAUCUUGCUGCCAGACAAGGCAGGAAGAAGGGCUAUCCUAGUUUGUUUCUGUACUAACAUUGAGGAGGUAGAGAGCUGAUUCCUAAACUAUUUCUGGUGCUCAUAGUCCUUCAGGCCAGAGCCUAUAUAGGAGGACUUGGUACAAUCACCUGAGGGACCAAGAGGCAACCAAGAGGUUGGUAUGGAAUUGUGGCAGAGACAUCAGGAAAAGGGGUAUGUGGGACAACAGGUUUUAGGCAAGGGAGAACAAAACCAAACCACAGGAUGCUAAAAAAGGAAGAGCUUGGCCUAAAAUCCUAUAAAGGGACUUAGAGGAGAUGUGACAGGCAAAUGAAGUGAAUUUGGUCCAACUAGAUACACUUAUCCUAUCCCUAGGAUUUUUCAGUUAUAUCCCAUUUUUUUGUUAAUUAAAAAUUUUGACAGCUUCAUACAUGUAUAUAAUGCAUUCUAAUUACUCUCACUUUCCUUUAUUUCCUCCCCUUCCUUCCCCUCCCUUCAUCAACACCCCCUUCUGACUUCAAACCUGACCCACUGAGUUUAAUGGGCUCUCCUUUGAGCUCUAGAGAGCAGAUGUCACUGAAUACAAUGAUUUCCCCUCUCCUACAGUCAAUCAGCAGCCAAAGUUCAGCCACAUGAGCCCCUCCCCUAUCAAGGCUAACUGUUGACAGGGCCAGUUUUAGCACCUGUGAGAUUACAAGAUUACAAGAGCCCAGAAGAGAGAGUUGCUCAGCCAUUCUCCCUCCCCUCUGGCUUUUAUGGUCUUUUGUCCUCUUUUUAGGAUGUCUCUGAACACUGUAUCUUAAGUUUUCUAUGUCACGUUCUAUAGGGUGGAGGAGACUGGCCUCUGCUUGUUUGAGAGCACUGUAAGCAAGCUAGCAAGAGACAGAGAUGAGGGGAGAUGAAUGGGGCCAGAGAACCAGGGCUAUAGUAGAGGAGAAAAUUUUAAACAAACCCUCCAGGUUACGGGUGUUAGGUCCUGCUCUUCUUCUUUUUUUUUUUUGGGGGGGGGGGGUUCUUUUUUUUUUCCGAAGCUGGGGACCGAACCCAGGGCCUUGCACUUCCUAGGCAAGCGCUCUACCACUGAGCUAAAUCCCCAACCCCAGGUCCUGUUCUUCUUUAUAUGUCCUCCUCUUUCUUGACUUCCCUGAAGGUCAAUCCAACCUCACAUUAUUGACUCCACUAGAAAGGUGUGUGUGUGUGUGUGUGUGCGCGUGCGUGGUGUGUAUGGUGCAUGUGUGUGUGUGUGUGUGGUGUGUGGUGUGUAUGGUGUGUGUGUGGUGUGUGGUAUGUAUGGUGUGUGUUAUGUAUGGUGUGUGUGUGGUGUGUGGUGUGUGGUGUGUAUGGUGUGUGUGUGGUGUGUGAUGUGUAUGGUGCGUGUGUGUGGUGUGUGGUGUGUGUGUGUGUGGUGUGUGGUGUGUAUGGUGUGUGUGUGUGUGGUAUGUGGUGUGUAUGGUGUGUGGUAUGUGUAUGUGGUGUGUGGUAUGUGGUGUGUGGUAUGUGGUGUGUGGUAUGUGGUGUGUGUGGUGUGUGGUGUGUAUGGUAUGUGUGGUGUGUGGUGUGUAUGGUAUGUGUGUGUGUGUGUGUGGUGUGGUAUGUGUGUGGUGGUGUGUGUGUGUGUGUGUGUGUGUGUGUGUGUGUGUGUGUGUGUUUUAAGAUGGAGGUUUACUAUAUAGCUUAGACUGGCUUUGAAUUCCUGAUCCUCCUGCCUCUACCUUCCAAGUGCUGGCAACAACCAUCUCCACCACACUAGCUUUCAUUCGGCAUGCUUAGGUAGCAUUGCUGUUUUAUCAGGAGCUGCAUGCUCCCUCAGCCCUCACUGCAAUGUUUAACACCUCACAGACACCUUCAUUCCCUUCCACUGCCAUCCUGUUCCACACUGUGCCAUUGUUCAAUGCAGCCUACCCAGGUACCCUGCAUUCUGUUUUGCCUUAGAGUCCCCAAAGUUGUACCAUGAUGCUUGACACAGCUGGACAGUUUGUCCCUAUUUGUGUGUGUUCCAAUGUCCUCCUGUUUGUAUGGGACUUGUUUUGUCAAUGCCUGUGUGUGUAUCCAAGCUCUUCCACUUCUAUUGUAUUUUCCUGGCUUCUAGAAUGUUACUGAAUAAAGAAAGAGAAAGAAA